AUGGCUCACGUGGACGCUGAGUUUGCUGUGCAGGACAGCAGCAUUGCUCGAGAGUGGAGUGGACAGCUCCAGCCCGCUCUGGUAGCAACUUUUCUUUUUCUUAUCUGCCUGGAGGCCGGCCUGUGGCUGAGGAACGUGACACUCAAGAGAAAACUGCCGGGGCCUUUCGCCUGGCCCGUGGUAGGCAAUGCCAUGCAGCUUGGCCAGAUGCCUCACAUCGCCUUCGCCAAACUAGCUGAAAAAUAUGGUAACGUGUACCAGAUAAGGUUAGGUUGCAGUGACAUUGUGGUCCUGAAUGGUGACAAAGCAAUACGUCAAGCUCUCAUACAGCACAGUAAGGAAUUUGCCGGUAGACCAAACUUUGUGUCUUUUCAGUAUGUGUCAGGAGGGAAAAGUCUGACUUUUACCACUUACAGCAACGAGUGGAGGAUGCACAGGAAAAUUGCUCAAUCCACGAUCAGAGCGUUCUCAUCUGCCAACAGCCAAACCAAAAAAGCUUUUGAGUGGCAGAUUGUUGCAGAAGCUCAAGAACUGGUUGAGACUUUCCUUAAACUCAGUGCUCAGGGUCAGUAUUUCAACCCUGCCCAUGAGCUGACAGUGGCUGCAGCUAAUGUGAUUUGUGCCUUAUGCUUCGGAAAACGUUACGGACACGAUGACGCUGAGUUCAGAUCCUUGCUACAGAGGGUUAACGACUUUGGACAGACUGUUGGAGCUGGCAGCCUGGUGGAUGUGAUGCCGUGGCUUCAGGCCUUUCCAAAUCCAGUUCGCAGUGUCUUCAAGAACUUCAAACAUCUUAACAUGGAGUUUUUCAAGUUUGUUCAGGGCAAAGUAGAAGAGCACAGAAAGACCUUUGAUCCUGAGGUAACACGGGAUAUGAGUGAUGCUAUCAUCGGAGUCAAUGAAGAAAUUGAGAGUGGCAAAGGACUUGGCGAGGGGUUCACUGAAGGGACCGUGUCAGAUCUCAUUGGUGCGGGUCUGGACACUGUUUCUACUGCUCUGGAUUGGAUACUACUUCUCCUGGUAAAACAUCCUGAAAUCCAAACGACGCUUCAGCAGCUCGUGGACAAGGUUGUGGGGCCAAACAGACUUCCCUCUGUGGAGGACAGAGGUCACCUGGCCUAUUUGGAUGCAUUCAUCUACGAAACAAUGCGAUUCAGCAGUUUCGUGCCCGUCACCAUCCCUCACUCCACAACCUCAGAUGUUACUAUUGACGGUCUUCACAUUCCAAAAGACACGGUGGUCUUCAUCAAUCAGUGGUCUAUCAAUCACGACCCCAUGAAGUGGCAGGACCCGCAGAACUUUGACCCCUCACGGUUCCUUGACAAAAACGGCUCCCUUGACAAAGAUGUAACCAAUCAUGUUAUGAUUUUCUCUGCGGGAAAGAGACGCUGUAUUGGUGACCAGAUUGCCAAAGUGGAGAUUUUUUUGUUCUUUGCGAUCCUUCUGCACCAAUGUCAUUUUGAAAAAUGCCCCGAUGAAGACUUGUCUCUAAAUUGUGCCUAUGGUUUAACACUGAGGCCUUUGGAUUUCAAAAUCACCGCCAAACCCAGGCGAGGAGCAUUUUAA